GGAGGAAUGCCAUUUGCUGCCAUUGUGGGCAGAAGGGUCACACCAUUAAGUUCAGCCAUGUCCGAAGGAACGAUGAAGAUGAAGGGCUGAUUAGUACCAACUACGACGGUGACAUGUAUGAUAAGUUUGGAUACUACAUUGACCCAGAGAUCCCUGGUGAGUCAAGAAAGGAGGCCUUGAGACGAGUCGAGGCCGGCGAGCCGCCCGCUCCUCCGGCCAUGUUUCGAAUCUGGCAAGAGGAGGUGGACCAUCCUGAUGUAAGGGUUGAAGAGAUAGGAGAGAAUAAGGAAGUAGAGCAGGAAAGGAAAACCGGUACGGUCAAGGAAGAACCAAUUGUGGUAGAAUCUGACGAGGAGAUAGAAAGGGGGUACUGGAAUGACGCCCGGAGAACGAUGGAAAGAAUAGAGGAUGUAGUCGCGAAGAUAGGAACGUAUCAAGACAAAUUGACCAACAUGUGUGAAGAGGUCAAGGAGUGGAAAGCUUUAAGGCUCCGGGACGAGCUCAAAGCUCGAUUAUCCAGGAAGAUGGUAGCCAGCGUGCGAUUGGGGGCCAUAAUCCCCAAGGAAGCGGAAUGGGCAGAGACAGACACGAAGAUGGAUUGGAAGUCCGUCGCAUGUGGAUGCUUGGAUGUAGUAGUAAAAGGAAAAACGUGCACGGCAAUGGUGGAUACUGGGGCGGAAAUGAACCUCAUGAAAGAGAAAUAUGCCUUGUGCUCGAGGAUGGAGAUUGACUGCUCCGAUAAUGGAGUUAUUAUGGGCGCGAAUAGUCGGUCUGUGUUCAUAGGGACCGCAUCGAGAGUGGUUUUGGAGAUUGACAAAGUUAAAGUAAGAAGUUGUUUCUUUGUGAUGCCCGAUCUCGAUAAUCCCAUCCUAUUGGGUCGAUCUUUUUUAAGCCGAACGGAGACCGUCAUACUGAAUAAGCAUGAUGGGAUGAUGUUCCUCGUCUUAUGUGACCCGGUAUGUGGCAACUAUGAGGUUAUCACAUGCAGAAAUACGGGGCCACGAAGUAUAAGGAAUAGGCCCAAUCCUGGCUCUUUCACGAUUGAGGAGUCGGAAGAAGAAAGGAAGAGGUUAGGGGGAGACGAGUUUGAAGAAGAAAGGAACCCGGAAGCACUGACUUUUAGCCUGGCCAGUAUAGGCGAUGCUAUGGACAUAGUGUCAGCCUAUGGGAUGGCAGACCCGGAGGCCGUAGAGGCCUUGAGAGAAAAGGUGAUGGAACAAAUGGGUGAAGGAGAGGUGGAGUUGGAACAAGAAGUUUAUUACGAGCGGGAACGAGAGUUAAUACAGCAGAUGCGGGAAAAUGCGGAGAAUGGACCAUGUCAUAUCAAUCAAGAAACGGAAGAGGCACUGAUAAUAGGGGAACCAGAUUUCCUUACAGCGCAUGAGAGACAGUUGAUGGUAGAAACCAUGAGAGGAAGGCAUACUGCCUAUGCCUUCAAUGAUGACGAACGCGGCCGCCUGGAUGUCGACAAGAUUCCGAUGAUUCAGAUACAUACCGUGCCACAUGAACCAUGGAAUCUACGAGGUGCGCGAUAUCCGAACCCGGCUGAUGAAGAAAAGGUGGUAAAUUAUCUUGACGGGAAGAUCCGCACUCAUGUCUCAGACUACUCGAGUGGGCCAUAUGCAUCCCUUUGGUUUUGCUUUGUCAAGCCAAAUGGGAUGCUGAGAUGGGUACAGGAUUUGCAGCGCUUGAAUGCUGUAACAGCGAGAGAUGCAGGGGGUCUCCCUAACGCUGAUGCGCUUUCAGAGGCAUGUGCAGGAAGAUCCAUAAUAUCUCUCAUAGACUUGUAUUUUGGUUAUGUUCAAUUUCCUGUUUACCCUUCAGACAGACCAAUGACUGCAAUGCAUACCCCUCGAGGGCUGAUUCACAUGAAUGUCGCACUGCAAGGAUGGACGAAUGCGGUUGCCAUGGUCCAGAGACACAUGGUAAGGACAAUGCAACCAGUGAGUCCUCACAUUACACAACCUUACAUCGAUGAUCUGGUUGUGAAAGGGCCAAAAGAGAAGGAUGAGCAGGAGGUGAUGCCUGGAAUUAGACGUUUUGUCUGGGAUCAUGUGCAAGAUCUAUGUAAAGUCCUAGACUUGCUAAAGGAGCAUAACCUCACUGCAAGCGGAACAAAGUCUAGGCAUUGUAUGCGUGGAGCAACGAUCUUAGGGUUUGUGUGCGAUGAGAGGGGUCGUCGGCCAGACACUAAGAAAACGAACAAGAUUCUCGAAUGGCCAACACCAUUCGAGACAAUUACAGAGGUAAGGAGCUUCCUGGGAACAUGUGGGUUUUGGAGAGUGUUCAUCAAAGGGUUUGCGGCAAAGACGGAGCAAUUGCGAAAGCUUGUGCGCCAAGGGCCGACUGCCCUGGGAGAAGUACUUAUCCAACGAGACCUUAAUGGAGAAGAACGACCGCUAAGGUUUGAGAGUCGAAUGCUUAACACAACUGAGAGGAAUUACUCUCAGUUUAAGCGCGAGACCUUGGCAGUUCUUCACUGCUUGAGGAUUUUCAGAAACUACCUCUUUGGUAGCAAGUUUAUGUUGAGGAUGGACCCAACUGCUCUAGCUGGUUCCCUUAAGAACUUCGCUCCUUCAGAUCCAACCAUUGCCAGGUGGUUGGGGUACAUCUGGAUGUUUGACUUCGAAUUGGAGCGUAUUCCUGGGAACAAGAAUAGGGCAGAUGGGUUGAGUCGCGUCGACUGGGACAAGAGCAACAAAGGGGUAAUUGAAGAUACUCCGCCGGUCGACGGUUUUCUGGACAAGGAAGAGGACGUUAAACUCCACAUUAACUCCUGGUCAUUGGCUAUAGGUAACUAUGUUACUCCUGGACGACCUAUAUGGCUCGCACCUCCAGGUCAUGUGCGGCGGCCGGAUAUAGUCCUCAAACCUUGUGUUGAGGAAGAUUCUUGGGGAAUGCCGGGAGUGGAGUGGAUGAUGGAGUUGGCCUUGGCAGAUAAGUACCAGCUGCAGGAAGACGUGGUCACAUUGGAGACCGUACCCCAGCAGGUAGAAAAGCAUGAACGAUUGGUAGGUGGAAUGUACCUGUUGGCAAACUCGUUGCUUCAAGAAGAGGUUGCUAGGAUUGAAGGAGAGAGGCAAGAUAGAGAGGGGAAUGUGAUCCAUGAAGGAGAGGACGAUGACUUUGAAGAAGGCUUGACACCAUUUGGGGCAGCCAUGCCAAGAGGGAGGGGAAGGGCAGGGCCAGUGGGAACCCCUCUGGGGGCGACCAGACAGACGGUGCAGAUGAGGGCCAGGAGAGAGGACAGGCCACCCAUUUUUCAGGGAGGAAACACUGAGCUAUUCCUGAUCGAGUUCGAGAGGCACGCCAGGGAGUUUGGAUGGGAUACGCUCAGGAUGCUGAGAGAGGUGCGAGGCGCGGGCCAGUGGGCAGAGCCCAUUGCCAACUAUGUCAGGGAAUCACUGACCUGGCAGGACUUCGAGAGGAGGAUGGAGGGCUUGCACCUAUCACCAUUGGGGAGGGAUGGGCAGCCUAUACGCUUCGAUGGCACCAACCUUGGGGAUUUCUUGAGGGCAUUCGACGAGUUUGCAGAUGGCCUCAAUGAAUCACCAAGUCAGAGAAUGGGAGGCUUUCUCCUGUUUGUGAGGCGGCACCUUAGGUCCUUCGUCAGAUCUAUUGUGGAGCAUGCCACGAGUUGGGGCCAUUGUAAGAAAUUACUUUGGAACUACUAUACUCCGGCACGCCUGGCAGAGGAGAGGAGGAGUAUGGAGAAGAAGAGGAAGGAGCCAGAGGUCACAGAGAGGAGGACUUUUGAGCAGGGCAUGACCUCAGGCACUCAGAGGGAUGGACAGAGAAGAGAGCACAAGUCCCACAGGCAAGAAAGAGGAGAAGAGCAGCAUGCUGAGAGAGUUCAGAGGAGAGAGGAACAACAUGCUGACUGGACACAGCAGACAGAGAGGCAGACUGCAGAGAGGAUUCGGGGAGGAGGGGCACCAGGUGGACCAGAUGCACCUCCUCAGCCUGCUCAGGACUGCCCUAUGUCAAGCGUGGAGCCAGAGCUGCCUCAUGAGCCACAAGGACUGGAGCAGAGUAAGGAUCAGGCAGCAAAGGAGAAGGAACAUGAUAGGGAGGAGAGAGCAGGAACAAAGAGAGAGAUUAGAGUCCAAAUCAGACUCAAGAACCUUGCGGAGCUGCAUGAGAGGGUUGAGCAGGAAGAUCAGCCUGUGGUACUAGAAGACAGAAAGGGGAAUGGCUCAUGCGCUCGGGACGAUGAGACCCCUCUUUUCACAGAGGCUUGGGACAACUUUGACAAGCUGUUAGAGGCAGCAGGGAGGUCCAGGGAGCAGCAUCAGGAGGUGGGGCUUAAGCUGGUCUCUACAGACUUGCUUAACCUGAAGGGCCUUAUGAAGGAAGGUUUUGCGGCAGCCAAGGCUUCUGAUGAAAAGAUGGAGAAGAGGUUGACAAGGGUGGCGCGGGCGUCUCAUAAGCAGAGAUUGGACUGGCAAAAAGAAAUUGACGAUCUGAAGAAGGAAGGGGAAAGGCAGGACAAGGAAAUGGAAGCCAUGAAGGCUGUGAUGGAAAAGGCCUGGGUAGGAAACGAGGCAGUCAGGCAAGUCAACCAGACCUCAAUAAGGUCAAUGACACCCUGAGGGCCUACCUACAAGCACAACAGGUUUCCUUCCAAGCGAAGGAAGUGGAAUGGGAGAAGAGGAUCAUGGAGCAAGAGUUUGUGGAUUUGCUCAUAUGAAUGAUUGUUGUGAUGAAAAUAAAUUUUGUAAAAUGAC